AUGACGAUUAAUCCCACAUAUCUCGCGCAGCGAACGCGCACUUCAAUCAACUGGGCAGAUGCCAAAGCCAGAGUUCGCAAGUCCUACCGAGAAUGGCUCCGAGCGUCCCCCGAAAUCCAGACAAUGUACUCCCUCAAUCUUCCCGUAUCCGCCAUCCGUACCAAGAUCCGUCAACAGUUCGAGCAACAUCGCUACGUUAGUCAGAUCAAUGUUGUUGAUGUGUUGCUGUACAAGAGUCAUUCCGAGUUUCAGGAAACAUUGAACUACUGGAAACAAUUAUCUCAUGUAAUGAAGUAUUUCCGUGCGGAGGAGGAGCCUGCCGCAAGACUGCCACCUAACUUUAUUACUGGGUUCUUGGAGGGCCGUAACUAA